AUGCUGCUUCUGCCACUUCUAUUGCUAGCAGUUAUCGUCCCAGGUGGUGACAAUGAGGACGCCUUCCAGGGUCCAACCUCUUACCAUAUUAUCCAGAUUUUGACCUUUGCCAACAGCACCUGGGCACGAAAUCAAGCCUCAGGCUGGUUGGAUGAUAUUCAGAUUCAUGGCUGGGACAGUGACUCGGGCACUGCCAUUUUCCUGAAGCCCUGGUCCAAGGGCAACUUCAGCGAUGAGGAGAUGAUUAAGCUGGAGGACCUAUUCCGAGCCUACUUCAUUAGAUUCACUCAGAAAGUGCAGGACUAUGUCAGUAAAUUCCAGGUUGAAUACCCCUAUGUGAUCCAGGGCAUAACAGGCUGUGAGCUGCAUUCUGGGAAGUCCAUAGGAAGCUUUUUGAGGGGAGCUUUAGGAGGACUGGAUUUCGUGAGCAUUAAGAAUCAUUCAUGUGCACCUGAACCAGAGGGUGGCAGCAGGGCGCAGCACUUCUGUGCACUUGUCACUCAGUACCAAGGCCUCUGGGGUAUCAUAGAGACGCUCCUCUCAGAAACCUGCCCUCGGUUUCUCCUUGGUGUCCUCGAUGCAGGGAAGGACGAACUACAGAGGCAAGUGAAGCCCGAGGCCUGGCUGUCCAGUGGCCCCAGUCCUGGGCCUGGCCGUCUGCUGCUGGUGUGCCAUGUCUCAGGAUUCUACCCGAAACCCGUGUGGGUGAUGUGGAUGAGGGGCGAGCAGGAGAUGCCUGGCACUCAGCAAGGUGAUGUUGUGCCCAAUGCUGACGGGACUUGGUAUCUCCGAGUAACCCUGGAUGUGACGGCUGGGGAGGAGACUGGCCUCAGUUGCCGAGUGAAGCACAGCAGUCUAGGAGACCAGGACAUCAUCCUCUACUGGGGUUACCCCACCUCCGUCAGCUUGAUAUUUUUGGCAAUAUUAGUGCCCUCCUUGGUCCUUUUGAUAUGUCUUGCAUUAUGGUUUUUGAGGCGCUGGUCCUAUCGGAAUAUCUCAUGAGCCCUCACCGUGUCUCCAUUUCCAUUUGGGAUCAGUAACCAGGAGUCCAGAAACUCAAUUUGUCAGCCCAGGAGUCAAUCUCAUCAUAUUUCAUCAAAUAAUCAUCAGAUUUGGACAAAUCAGAGUGCCCAUAGUUUUUAAGAUAAAUCAUAAUUUAUACACUAGCAGAAAAAUAAUUAAAAAUUGUUAUUAUGAGACAAUAUCAAUAGUAAGAUCCACUCAGAUUUCAUAG